AUGGUUGUGCUAUCCCCAAUUUCAUUACUUUCUCUCUUGCUAGGAAUAGGAUUACUUAUAUUUUCUUACAUUCUUCUCAAAAUCUUUGCAGCACAUGAAAAUCCAGCUAAUAACUUACCUCUUGGAAGCAUGGGAUGGCCCUUGUUGGGGGAGACCCUUGGCUUCCUUAAGCCUCAUUCUUCGAACUCUGUCGGAACCUUCUUGCAACAACAUUGCUCUAGAUAUGGGAAGGUUUUCAAAUCGCAUCUAUUUGGUUCACCAACCAUAGUUUCCUGUCACCUUGAGCUCAACAUGUUCAUUCUUCAGAACGAGGACAAACUAUUCCAAGCCAGCUACCCCAAGUCCCUUCACGGGAUUGUUGGAAAACAUUCGUUACUCACCGUCUCCGGCAACCUUCAUAGAAAGUUAAGAAGUAUUGCUGUCAGCUUCAUCUCUGUGUCCAAGUCGUCCCCUGAUUUCCUUGACUUGGUUCAGAAGCUGUCAAUCUCAAUGAUGGAGUCAUGGAAUGGCUGCAAACAAGUCUCCUUCUUCGAACAAGCUAAAGCUUUUUCGCUCGGUCUUAUGGUGAAGAACCUUCUGAGUGUUAAACCAGAAGAGCCUUUAGCCUCAAGGAUUUUAGAAGACUUCGAAACCUUCAUGACAGGCUUUGUUUCUCUCCCAUUUAAUAUUCCUGGAACCGCUUAUGCCAAGGCUGUCAAGGCUAGAGCAAGGCUUUCUUCCACUGUUAGAGAGAUCAUGGAAGAGAGAAGAAAAGGGAACAUCAGUAGCAAUGGAGGGCUGCUUAGAGAAAGAGAAGAAGAAGACUUCUUAAACGUUAUACUGUCGAAACAAAACCUAACCGACGAAGAAAUAGUGAGCAUUGUAUUGGAUAUCAUGCUAGGAGGCUACGAGACUACCGCUACUCUUAUGUCGUUGAUUGUCUACUUUCUUGGCCAUGCGCCACUUGCUUUCCACAAAUUAAAGGAAGAACACCAAACGAUAAGGGAAAAUAAAAGGGAUGGAGAGUUCUUAACUUGGGAAGAUUACAAGAAAAUGAACUUUACCAACUAUGUUAUAUAUGAAGCUAUGAGAUGUGGGAAUGUAGUCAAAUUUGUGCACAGGAAAGCUCUCGUAGACAUCAAAUUAGAAGAAUUCGUCAUACCAUCAGGAUGGAAGGUUCUUCCAAUCUUCACCGGGGCGCAUUUGGAUCCCGAUCUUCAUGAGAAUGCAACAGAGUUUGAUCCUUGGAGAUGGACUGUAUGUUUUGACAAUUAUAAAGAAAUGAACAAAAAGAUUAUAGCGUUUGGUGGUGGAGUAAAGCUUUGUCCGGGAUCUGAAGUUGCAAAAGUAGUGAUUGCAUUCUUCCUUCAUCAUCUUGUCCUUAGUUAUAGAUGGAAAACAAAACCAGAUGAAUGCCCACUUGCUUACCCUUAUGUGCAAUUCAGGAGAGGUUUGCUGUUAGAGAUUGAACCAGCUGCUGCAGCUUAUCAAAUCCAUUAG